AUGGCAACGACGUGGACCCCGCUGGAAAUAAGUGAAAUUUGUUACGAACAACGUGCUCCUUUGACACAGUGUGCACCUACGGGUGUUAUGUUUUUGGCUUUAGUAACCCGCUUAUUUGGAGGUGUUACGUACAGUGUUCCAUACCCAAAAAAAAAUCCAUAUGAUAUUUAUAACGAAGGACUUUUAAGCCCGGAAUUAUACUCAGACUCAGAAAAUUCUAGGUCACAUUACAAUUAUCCAGUUGGUUCGUAUUACGCUAAUUUUGAUAUUGGAUCACCGCAUAGACACCACCAUCAUCAUACGCAUCCCCACGGGAAAAAUGGUUACCAAUAUGAUUUUAUCAGCUAUCAUCCUUUGCCACCCUAUGCCAGUAACAUAGAUUCUAGUAUUUCGAAAUUUAAAUCUCACCAGCCCAUUGGUAACUUUGAUUUCCUAGAGAAAAAUUUUGGUGACUUGGGCUUAGAAGAAUCUAAGGCUAUGCCAACUGUAGUUGAAAAGGACAAGAAAGAAGAGAAAUCAAGAAGUAAACGAGAAACUCAAGAAUAUGAUUUUAUCAUUGUUGGUGCCGGCUCAGCCGGAUGUGUAAUUGCUAACCGCUUAUCAGAAGUUAAGAAAUGGAAGAUACUUCUGAUAGAGGCUGGUCCGGAGCAACCAGAUGUCACUAUGGUACCAUCAUUUGCGCCAACACUUAAAGGAUCUAACAUCGAUUGGAACUUCAGAACUCAACCAGAGGAACUGACGUGUAGAUCUUCUAGAGGUCAAAGUUGUUCAUGGACAAGUGGAAAAACGAUGGGAGGUUCCAGUUCUGUCAACUUCUUGGUCUAUAAUCGAGGGAACCGACUUGAUUACGAUGGCUGGGCUGGACUGGGCAACUAUGGCUGGAGUUAUAAUGAGGUGCUUCCGUAUUUUAAGAAGUCUGAAAACAAUAGAGAAAUUGAAGCUUCCGACAAACAUUACCAUGCAAUUGGUGGACCACUGAACGUAGAACGAUUUCCCUAUACUGACAUAAAUUCGAUAAUGCUAGUAGAUGCAUUUAAAGAAAAAGGAUUGCCACUAAACGAUUUGACAGCAGCAGAUAAUUUUGGAACAGGUUUAUCGUUAUCAACUUCUAAAGACGGCCGAAGAUGGUCUGCCAAUGUUGCUUUUAUAAAACCGAUACGGGAAUACCGUCCUAAUAUUGACAUAUUGGUGGAUGCACGUGCCACUAAAGUGAUUAUAGACCCAGAUACUAAAUUAGCUCAUGGUAUAACUUAUAUUAAAAAUGGAAAAUUUUACAGUACGUACGCUAGAAAAGAAGUUAUUAUUAGCAGUGGCACUAUAAAUUCUCCAAAAUUAUUAAUGCUUUCUGGUAUAGGUCCUAAGGAUCACUUAGAGAGCUUAAAUAUACCAGUUUUGGCAGAUUUACACGUUGGUCAAAAUUUACAAGAUCACGUCACCACUGAUGCGCUUAUCAUAUCUCUAACAAACAAAACUUCCACCGCUGUGAAUGGGAAUGAACUUUUAGAGGAAGUUCAAAAAUAUAAACAACAGCAACCCAAGAAAACUGGACCAUUGGCUACUACGAGUACUCUUAACUCUAUUGCGUUUAUUAAAACUAAGUACGCUUAUGAACCCGCACCAGAUAUUCAAUACCACUUCGAUGGGAGAAAUGUAAGAGAGUUUUAUUCAGAUCCUACAACCUAUUUAGCGGAAAACUUCUUCCCUUUAUCAUUCUACGAUGGUCUUGCAGCGAGACCACUACUGCUUACACCUAAGAGCAGAGGAUUUCUUUUGUUGAACCAUACUGAUCCCAUUUUUAGUCAACCUUUGAUAUUUCCAAGAUUUUUCACAAAUAAAGUAGAUCUAGAUGUACUAUAUGAAGGAAUCAAAUUCAUUGUAGGCUUAGAAGAAACCGAAGUAUUUAAACACAAUGGUGCUAGCUUUGUUAAAGAACCAGUAAAAGGCUGUGAAGCAUAUCUUUGGGGAACAUAUGAAUAUUUCGCUUGUAUACUUAUUGAAUAUACCAGCACUAUCUAUCAUCCAGUUGGCACAUGUAAGAUGGGGCCAGCGUGGGACAAAGAAGCGGUGGUUGAUUCUAGGUUGCGAGUAUAUGGUAUCAAAAAUCUGAGAGUGAUAGAUGCUUCUAUAAUGCCUACCAUAGUUAGAGGAAAUACAAAUGCACCAACUAUAAUGAUUGCUGAAAAAGCAUCAGAUAUGAUCAAAGAAGAUUGGUUAUCAAAAAAAUAUCAUUAG